AUGACUUCAUUAAUACAAGAUAUUACGGAAGGAGAUUGCUGGUUGAUCCAUCCUCGUGCAGGCUAUGUCAUAAAGUUUAAAGAAGCACAAGUUAUCGAAUUAGAUGGCCCUCAAAUGAGAAAAUGUUUCGUUAAUCUUUGUCACUCAGUUGAAGUCCCUUCUCCUAUUGAAGAUUUGGAUCAAGAUACUUUGGCGCAGAGAAUAGAUCAGGGGGAUUUUUCGUACCGUGUUCCAAUUAGCAUUGGAGAAAUUGGACAUGUAACAGAUAAUAAGAAUGAAAGUUGUAUGAAAAUUGAUGUGCUCAUCAAUACGAUUUUUUUCGAGAAAAGGUUAGAUAUACCGAAGUCGGACUUUUUCAGACAUUUCAUCACUUUAGUUCUUUGUGAUGCUAUUGAGCAAAAACAUUCAAUCAAACUUGAUGCUAACGAUGCUAUUAUUCUUACGAACAGGAAAAAAAUGGGCGAGCUCGAUGUUAUGAAGCUUCUGAAAAAGCCAGACAAUAAUUUCAUAGCGACUAUUAACGAGAACAACAUCGAAGAACCUUACGAAGAUCCACGUUGGGAUGGAAUUACGGUUAAGAUAUUGAAAAACUGUAAAAUUGAAAUUAAGUUAUCUCUCAGCAACAUCGAACCACCAGUCGACAAUCCUGCAAGGCUGCGUUUACAAAUCGGAUCUAACCGUGUGGUUGUUUUGCUCGAUAAUCACAGAAGCCUCUACGACUUCUGUAUCCCAUUCGUCAUGGAUUAUAAUGUCGCAAGAAGCAAGCUUUCUACGAACAAGCAAAGUCUUUUCAUUUCCACAGACGUCAUCGUCCCUUCUUAA